GCGGGCCGGGCUUUGGGGGACACGGAUGCCGCGGAGGAGCGUACGACUGGGUGGUGCAGCUGCUGCCUCUGCCGCUGCUUGCAAGGAGACGGCGGCUGCCGGCGAUCGGAGAGGCCGAGGCGGAGAAGCGGAGGAGGCGAAGAUCAGGAGGAGCCGCGGCAGCCCUGAAAUGUAUUCCCCUCUCCCUCCUCUCCAGCGGCCAUGUUAACCACCAGGAAACCUUCUGCCAGUGCUGCUGGGGCUGGAGGAGCCGGAGGAGCCGCUGCUGCUGCUUCGUGCCCCGCUGGCAGCAAGGGAGGAGGCGAAAGUGCUCACCAGUUCCAGUCUUCCCCGGGGAUCGGCGCCAGAGGGGCCUCUCAGGCAGGCGCUGGGACCGGCCCCCCAACCCCUAUCGCUUUGCCGCCGCUGAAGCCCAGCAGCACGGCCCACACGGUUGGUGGAAAUAAGCAUACAAUGAAUGAGCAUCUACAUGUUGCCAGCCAUGGGCAGAUCCAGGUUCAGCAGCUGUUUGAAGACAAUAGCAACAAAAGAACAGUUCUGACAACACAACCAAAUGGGCUUACAACAGUAGCAAAAUCAGGAUUGCCAGCAGUGCAAGACAGACAGCUGGAUGGUGCUCAUAGGCGGCAGGGGAGCUCCAGCUCUUUAAAGUCUACAGAAGGGCCAGGGAAGGUGAAAGCCUCCCCUAUGGCGCCAGAACAAGCAAUGAAGCAAUACAUGCAAAAACUAACAGCGUUCGAGCAUCAUGAAAUCUUCAGUUACCCUGAAAUAUAUUUUUUGGGUCCAAAUGCAAAAAAGAGGCAAGGUGUAGUUGGUGGUCCAAACAAUGGGGGAUAUGACGAUGUCCAGGGGUCAUAUGUGCAAGUACUGCAUGACCAUGUAUUAUACAGAUACGAGGUCCUGAAGGUUAUAGGGAAAGGAAGUUUUGGGCAAGUGGUGAAGGCCUAUGAUCACAAGAUGCAUCAGCAUGUGGCCCUGAAGAUGGUGAGAAAUGAGAAGCGUUUUCACCGCCAAGCUGCAGAAGAAAUUAGAAUUCUGGAACACCUUAAAAAACAGGAUAAGGAUAACAACAUGAAUGUUAUACACAUGCUGGAAAACUUCACAUUCCGCAACCAUAUCUGUAUGACAUUUGAGUUGCUGAGUAUGAACCUUUAUGAACUCAUAAAGAAAAACAAAUUUCAGGGCUUUAGCCUGCCAUUGGUUCGCAAGUUUGCCCACUCAAUUUUGCAGUGCUUGGAUGCUUUGCACAAAAACAGAAUAAUUCACUGUGACCUUAAACCAGAGAACAUUCUGUUGAAACAACAGGGUAGGAGUGGUAUUAAAGUUAUUGAUUUUGGCUCUAGCUGUUAUGAGCACCAGCGUGUCUACACUUACAUUCAAUCACGUUUUUACCGGGCUCCAGAGGUCAUCCUUGGUGCUCGGUAUGGGAUGCCCAUAGACAUGUGGAGCCUGGGCUGCAUUCUAGCUGAGCUCCUAACAGGUUAUCCUCUCUUACCAGGAGAAGACGAAGCAGAUCAGCUGUCUUGUAUGAUAGAACUACUGGGCAUGCCUUCCCAGAAAUUACUGGAUUCAUCCAAACGAGCAAAAAAUUUCGUGAGUUCUAAGGGUUAUCCCCGAUACUGUACCAUUACUACCUUGUCAGAUGGUUCUGUAGUGCUCAAUGGUGGCCGUUCCCGGCGGGGCAAAUUGCGUGGCCCUCCAGAGAGCAGAGAAUGGGGGACUGCAUUAAAGGGAUGCGAUGAUCCCCUUUUCCUUGACUUCUUAAAACAGUGUUUAGAGUGGGAUCCUACUUUGCGCAUGACACCUAGUCAGGCUUUGCGGCAUCCCUGGCUAAGGAGACGUUUGCCAAAACCUCCAACUGGGGAGAAGACAUCAGCAAAAAGAAUAACAGAAAGCACUGGUGCUAUCACGUCAAUUUCAAAGUUACCUCCUACUUCAAACUCAGCAUCAAAACUGAGAACUAAUCUGGCACAGAUGACAGAUGCCAAUGGGAAUAUUCAGCAAAGGACAGUGUUGCCAAAACUUGUGAGCUGAGUUUGAAUAACUGAUGCUGAUAAAAACAAAACAAAAACUUUAUGUCACUGAGCCUUAUUCAUAUGAAAAAGUAGCUCAGAUUUCUAUUUUUAUUUGCUUGGUAACUUCAAACAUUUGUAUUUUUUCAGCACUCACUUGAAAUGUGUAAACAAAUUUGGUUUUCAUUUUAUAAAAAAAUAACAUGGGGACAAUGCUUUAAGUUUUUAUACUUUUUUUAAAAGAAGUGUUUUUCUUCUAACAACAGUUAGCCUUACUAUGGAAAAUUAGUGUGGCACAAUAAUAAGUGUCAGUGGCAGGCCACUGGUUAUCGACCUAACCGUCAUCCAUUAUAGUUUGAUGGAGAGCAGAGUCUAUGUCCCUCUCCCACCCCAUAGAUGUUACUGGCAUUUCUUGGAGUGAAUUUUUAAUACUUUCUUAUUCCUGGUUUUUGUUAUAGCAGUAGAUUCCAGUCCUGCAAACAUUUACCUGUAUUUUUGUUUUGGUGAUAUAGAAAACAUUCAGAGGUACAAAUCAGACUCUGUAUGACUCUUUUUCGAAUGUGCAUCCAUAGUAUGGAUAAUUAACAGAUUUAUACAUAAUAUAAAUAUUUAUUAUAUAUCAAUGAAAAAGUUGCAUCCACAGAGGGCUUCCAUCAGGCACACACACACCAUCCCCUUUGCUUAUCCCAGAUUCCAAGUGGCUCUCUCCUGUCAGGUGUCCAUGGGCUGCUCUGAAAACUAUGGAUUCAAGAGUAAGCCUGUAUUGCCCUCCCAGCUUUCUAUAUACCUUGGGAACAGACAGGGUGUUAACAGUUUCAGUAGCUGGCUCCAGCAUUAGCCUGUACAACCUCUGUAUAACCCAGCUACCUAGUCAGUUUGGUACCUCGGGUAGCCUUACCUGCUGUACUUUCUGUCUCCUAAUUCCCAGCUAUUAGGUCCACUGAUGCAGGCAGCCAAGAUACUCUGAUAGAAACCUCCCUCUCCUUUCCACCAGGUUCUGUACUGUGCAAAUCCUAAGGCUGUUUCUGGCUUGGUAAACAGAAUUCAGUUUUACAAGUACUACCCUUUUAAUAGGCUGUGACUAACUACUGCAGGGAUGGCCAAUAUGGUGCCCCCCAUAUAUUGUUAAACUACAACUCACAUCUGUUAAACUACAAACUAUUGUUAAACUAUGACUGGCACACGCCUGGAGCUGAUGGGAGCUGUCACCCAACAUACUGGAGAGCACUAUAUUGGCUCCCCCUAAACUACUGGGUUGCAUCAAAUUAGGCUCGAGUGUAGUUUAGUGUUAGGAUUUAUAAUCUUAUGCUGAUAAACUCCUAUGUUUAAUUCAGAUCUAUCCAUUAAUUUUUAAUAGUGACUUGUGAAAAGGGGUGGACAUAAUGUGUUGUAUGUGAAAAGGGGUGGACAUGCUGUGUUGGUUAAGGUCCAGAAACAAUACCUACAGGAUUAUUUCCCUUGCUAAAAAUGGAUUAAGGCCCAAUUUAUUGGUUUGGCAUGAUUAUCAGUGCACAGCAAAAAUCCAAACGUUGGGUUUAAGACUUGUGUAGUCCAAUCUUGUGGGGGGGCAAAUAAUGUGUGCAGAGUGGACAAUUCCCAGAGUCCAGUAAGCCUCCUCCGCCACCUGUAGUUCUCCAUCAGCAGAAGUGACCUCUAGUAUCUAUUUUCUUUUUUAAAAAUUCUUAAAAAGUCUUUAGCAUCCCUAAACAUGAUUAAAAUGUUCUUAAAAAAUGAACUAGCAUCUAUACUAGAAUGUUAGAUCAUACAUAUAAAAAAGAAGAUAAAUGAAGGCAGAAAGAAGCCUGUUACUCUAAAAUCAGUGUGAUUUCUCAAGGCAAAAUCAUGCAAAGCAAAAUAUUUUAUGCUGAGUUUAAGCAUUCAAAGCCCAACAUGCAUGUUUGUAUUCCUUUUUUCCUCUUUUGCCUUUCCCUCUUUUGUCUGGAAGUACUUAGUGAUCUUUGCAUUGUGUAUUCAGAAUAAUAGUCUGGGUAUUUUCCAGACAUUUGUACAAAUUUAAUCCCCCCCCUCGACUGUCAUAAGUCUGGUUUGCAUGACACAUGAAGCCAAACUUUGGUUUAGCAGUUUAGCAUGAGUAUGCAGUUUGCUUCUCCCAAGCCAAGCUGUGGCUCAUGGUUAAGCCAAACCAAGUGUUGGACGGGGCCAAGAAAGUCAUCUAAUCCAACCCUCUGCCAAUGCAGGAAACCUGCUGCUGCAGCAUCCCUAACAGGUGGCCAUCCAGCCUAUGCUUAUGAACCUCCAAUCAGUUUUCAAGCACAAUCCCAGGAAAUUCUGCCGGGUAUAAACUGUGGAAGAGCAUUUCAGUGGGGCUUGCACAAGAGAAUUUCCUGGUAGAUUGUGCCUUUUGCCUGUCCGAUGGAUUAUGACCUCACUGAUCAUCUUACCUUCAGAGCAAAACAGCUUUCUGAGGCUAACAUUAUUUAGCUUUUUAUAUAAACUGUAUUCAGAUUUUCUAAAUGUAACUCUAAAAAGCAAUAUAUGGUCUAACAACUAGGGUGCUAUAUUUUGCAAUUGUUGCCAGAUACAUCUUUACAUACCUGUGUACACACAUCUGGGAAUGCUAGGCUAAUCAGGUUUCUCAGAUGUGUGUACUGGACUGUUUAAACGUGUGCACGCAGGCAUAUUUUUCUUCUGCAUUGUAUGCGUUUGUUGCUGAAAACACCUAUGUAGCACCAGUUUCCUGAAACAGUUGUAUAGCACUGCUAUUAGCAUCUGGAGACAUUACUUGAAUAUUUAAGGGGAUGUCUGUGAGACAUUGGUAUACAGUAGGGCCCCACUCAUAUGGCAGGUUACAUUCUGGACCCCCGCCAAAAAGCGGAACUCAUUGAAUAGAAUGGCACAUGAUGCCUGAAAACCACCGUAAAAGCGAAACAAGCGCCGUAUGAGUGUGGCUUUAGCCUAAUUGUGUCUAACUGAGACCACUGCAUUAGCGAAGCGCCGUAAAGCAAAGCGCUGUAAAACGGGGCCCUACUGUACUCCAAACACUUGUAUGAAGAGAAAAAUCAAAAGACAAUUACAGUUUAAUGUUACACCGUGAGAGUUCAAGAAAACAUUGAAGGAAAGAGUAUGCAUUUAUGUAGAUUUGUCUAUGUUGAUUGUUUGCAUUCUUACCGCAGUGAUAAGUUAACACAGACAUUUUCAGAAAUGGACACCUUGAACCUGUUUACUUAUUUUGUCUGUCACAGAAAGACAUGCAUUUUUGAUCAGAUGGUCAGGUAGAUGCCAAGUUCAAAUAAAUGUUGUACAGCUAAUGUCAUUCAUUGCUUUUUCCUCAUGGGGAGGAGAGACAAGACUUAGGUACCAGGUUGAGAUUUCUCCUAGGCAAGUAGCAAGUGAACAGAAUACAAGCGAACAAAUGUUGCUAAAAUCAAUGUUGUUUCACAUAUGCAUUGACAAUGAUAUUUGAAGAGUCUCAAGCUUAAAUUAAAAGGAUUGUAGAAGUUAGAAUAAUAAGAGAUUUGGGUUGGUUGCAGAAAGCUUAAUAAUAAUAAUGUUGUUUAUAUGCACAAAUCUAAUUAUAAUACCUGAAAAAAUGUCUUUAAAAUAACUACUUAAAGCAUAGUCCCCAGAGAGGCCAAGAAAGUUUCCGGUCAAUUUACUUUUUUAAUUCAAAUUUUUCAUUUUGAAAAUGAAAGCAACAGGGGCUUUUUCCACUUUAAGUUUGGUAAAUGGGCAUAAAUAAGUAAUGAUGACUUCUCAGGAAACAUAAUAAUAAAAAAAGAACUCUGAAGAGACUUCUCCCCCCUCACAGGUAACUUGUGACUAAAAGAGGAUGUUUAUUAAUGUUUAACAACUUUAGUUAUUGGCUAAUAUUUAACCUCCCUUUUUUCUUUUUGCAAAUGUAACUCCUUGUCCCCAAAUGACACUAAAUUAUUUAUAGUAUUAAAUGUACACGUUUCUAUAUUGUAUGACUAUGCAUUCUGUGUGUGUAUCAGCAAAGGUGGCUUUGGGGUCUGAGUGUCCAUAGCUCCUCAUGAUAAUUAGUUUGUUCACUUUAUUUCAUUGGGCCAGAUGUUGCUCCCAUGCAAUUCCUCUAGGUGCAGUCUUCCCCUUUCACUUUAAUGGCAAGGCAGUCCAAAACACCAAGGUUCUAUAUGGAGAACUGCAUCCUGCAUUGAAGCAAAUGAGGAAGCCCUGGCAUUCAUGGGAGUUUGACAUGCACCAUAGUGCAUCUGUAUGUAUAAGAAGCUCUGCAUGGAGCUGUGGUUUCUCUCCCCACCCUGACCCCAUUGCCAAAAAAGCCCAUUAUAUUAAAUAAAUUUAUGCAUCCAUUAUAUUUUGAACACAACUUGGAAGAUGUUGACAUAAAGCUAAAUGGAAAAGAUAAUAUACAUGGGUCAUUCAUGAACUAAACCAACUAAUUUUAUAUUUUUCAAAUAACCAAAUUUUAAAUGCCAAUGGUGCAUUUGUGGUUGAUUAUAUUCAUAGAUGCUACCGGAAACUUUUAGGCCAAAAUACAAUGUGCAGAGCUAUUUUUUUAAUUAUAAUGUGAUGAAACCUCCUAUAUACUUACAAAAAAAAAAAAGAGGCAGCCAUCUUGCAGUUUUCAGUUGCUUGGCUGAUUUUUACUAUAGCUUAUUUAUGAUUGGAACGGGGUGGAGGGGGAGGAGGAAAGAAAAAGCUAUUUUAAAGGAUGUUGCUUUGACAUGAUUUUGUUUCUAAGGGCUCUAAUUAGUUGGGCUGAUAGUUGUUGGCUUGGAAACCUUGCUUAGCCUCACAUGUUACCAUUGUCUGGGGACAUCUGAGCUUCUCUGCAGAAGUAGAAAUAGCACAGUGUUGUCUUGCCUUUGGUUGCAGUCUCAUUGCACCCAGUCCUUGCACCACUGGAGUGCCAGAUAAUCCUCUUCUUCAGUUGUGUUUGCUGAUACAACAGGGCGACAACGAAGUGCAAGAUGUGCAAAGAAAUCAUGGACAAUUAAAAUUGUGCCCUUGAUGUUAACAAUGUGCCUUUUGUUAUAAACAAUGCCAUGUGGAGCAUGCAACAUUGUCUCUUUAACCCUUUGAAUGCUGUACUAUGUAGUAAUGCUGAAAUCUAUUUUUAAAAAAUACUAUACUUGUCUUAAAUAUGUUUCCACAAGCAUAAUCUGCUAGGAGCCUCUCCCAUGCAUACACCCUAGUGAAAUAAAUGAUAGUCCUACAAGAGUAAUUUAGUGUACUCUUGGGUGGCUCUCAGUUACAUCAAUUGGCCAUAAGCAAGGUAGGUUUCUGGUUAAUUUUGCUCUGUGUUUUCAAGGCCUUAAUAUAGACCAUAAGGCAAUGAUACAACUUAACGGGAUUGAAUACUCUGUUGUAGGAAUCUGCAUGCCCCUUCAAGGGUUAAAGAUGGCACUUCAUAGUAGUUAGCUGUAACCUUAACAUCAGACUGAUUUUUUAAAGAACUAUUUUUUUCUUACGACAGUGCUAGACAGAAUCAGCUGUAUUUGUAAAAAGGAAAAAAAUUACCUCAAACUGUUUAAUUUUAUAGUGAGAAUGAAUCCCAGGGCAUUUGGUAUGAACCAAAGUGCAUUCCUUUUCUAUGUGCCUGGCUCCAAUAACUGUGGCCAGGGAUUUUUACAAUUUGGGUGCAAGGCAUUUUAAUGCCACUUUCAGCUUGGUGAGUGGUUUGGGGGUCAUGAAGGACUCCUGAAGAAUGUUUUUCUUUUUUAAAAGGCAUUUCAUGGCUACCGUCUAGCAGCCUCCAUUGAUUAGAAUGGGGCUUGCAUGAAACCAUGUGCAGAUGCCAUUGAAAUUAAUGGAGCCUGGACAGCAACAGUCCUUGGGGAUUGUGCUUAUUAAACUAGCAAUGGGCUAUAUUAGAAUCUUUAGGCAUGUGUCGGAGUUCUUUGAUUCUGUCUAUUUUUCAUAAGAAUUUUUUUUCAUUCAGAGAUCGCUGGUAAAUUCAUUUUAAGAUUUUUAUGUCAGUGAGGAUUUUAGCAUUGCCCACUUGAAAUGCAAUUGAAAUAAAGAAAGCAUUUGUGAAUUACAUUGUUUCUAGGGGGCUUGUACAUCUGUGCUACAAAACACAUAGUAAUAUGAGGAAGUCAUUGUAUUUACUCAGCUAAACUGCUACAAUUAUGUCUAAGGUGUACAUUGGAUUUGUUUUUUCUUUUUUCCUUUUUUUAAAUGAGCAACAACUUAGACACGUGACUGUAAUAUGCUGCAACUGUGUGUACUGAAAACAUGUGAAAAAAUGACUGAAUGUGGAUUGUGUAUAUAUGUAUGUAAAUUUUUAUGUGAGAUGCUGCUGCUGUCACAGCCACUUCACAUUAAAUAUGUUAUAGUGGGUUUUAAUCCUAGUGGCCAGUUUUAUGAUACAUAUGUAUUGUAUAGCUGAUGACAGGAGUUAAGACUGUUUUAGUGAAUAUUUGUUACAUUUAUUGUUGUGGCCAGAGAUCAUUUCAGAAUAAAAUUUUAUGUCCUA